GCGGAGCGGCCGCGCCCGGCACUGCCCGGCCCGGGCGGCCCCGUCGGUGUCACCGUGACCCCUCACCGGCAGCGCCCCCUCCCAGCAGUGCCCCUUCCCCGGGCCGUGCCCCCUCCCCGUCGGUGCCAUGCGGGGCUGAUGGAGCCCAACGCGUUCCCGCAGCUCCAGCUCUGGUGCCCGCGGCCCUUCGGCACCUUCUCCCAGAACAAACCAUGCGCCCCCUCCCCGUCUGGACCCCCACCCCUCCCACCGCCGCCGGAGCCCCGAAAACCCGCCCUGGGCGGCCGCCCUCCGAGAACACCCCCGGACCCCCUGCCGAGGCCCAGCCCGGCGCCCCGGCGCCCCGAGGACGGGCGGGUGCUGCUGGACACCUGGUACGUCAUCAAGCCCGGCAACACCAAGGAGAAGGUGGCGUUUUUCGUGGCCCACCAGUGCGGCACCGGCGGCGCCGGCGGCACCGCGGGCGGCGGCCGCGCCAGCACCAUGAAGGUCAAGGGCAACUGGGGCAGCGGCAGCUCCAAGGCCAAGCGGCGCCGGCGCUGCCACGACCCCCGCGUGGGGGGCGCCGGUGACCCCCCCCGGGACGCCGAGGACAGCGCCGGGGGCGCCGGGGACGCCGGGGACGGGCAGGACCUGCUGUCGGUGGCGGAGAUGGUGGCACUGGUGGAGCGGCGCGCGGCGCUGGCCCUGCAGAGCCUGCCCCGGCCCUGCGGCGGUGCCGCCCCGGCCCCGCUGGUGCUGCUGGAGGCGCCGGGAGGCCCCGAGUGCCGGCGCGUGGCGGCCGCCGUGGCGCAGUUCGAGUCCCAGCAGCAGCAGUGCCGGGAGCGCCACCGGGACCAGCCAGGGGCGCGGCCCAACGGGCUGUGCCGGGCCGGGGGGUCCGAGUGCCCCCCGAACAGCGCCGACACCGCGGCGGCGCCGGGCGAGGUGCGAAUCGCCUUCCGCAUCUCCAGCGGGCGCGAGGCCGCCGGGGCGGCCCCCGGGGCGGCCCCCGGGGCGGCGGCGGAGCACCACGGCGCCAAGGACCAGAUCACCUGCGACCUGUACCGGCUGGUGAGCCCCAACCGCGCCGGCGUGGGGCUGCUCCUGGCGGCCGCGGGCGCCAAAGCCGGCGGGGACGGCGCCGGAGACGGUGGUGGCGGUGACGAGGCGUCGCUGCGAGGAGCCGUGGCCCCGGAGCCCGGCGAGGGCGGCGGCGCGGAGGGGACGGUGCCGGCGCGCGACUGCGCCUCGGGCUUCCACGUGGACGUGGUGGUGACGGGCGUGGUGGACCAGUGCGUGUUCUUCGGCAAGGACAGCGCCAAGCAGGUGACGGAGGAGACCGUGCGGCUGCCGGACGAGCCGCCGCCGCCGGGCAAGCUGUUCCUGCUGCCCGGCCCCGAGGAGCCGCCCAGCGGCGCCGCCCCGGGCGCCGAGCCCGGCGGGGACCCCGCGCUGUGCCGGCUGUACCGCCACGUGUCCCACGACUUCCUGGAGAUCCGCUUCAAGAUCCAGCGGCUGCUGGAGCCGCGGCAGUACAUGCUGCUGCUGCCCGAGCACGUCAUGGUGAAGAUCUUCAGCUACCUGCCCACCCAGGCGCUCGCCGCCCUCAAGUGCUCCUGCCACUACUUCAAGUCCAUCAUCGAGACCUUCGGCGUGCAGGCCACGGACUCGCGGUGGAACCGGGACCCCCUGUACCGGGACGACCCCUGCAAGCAGUGCAAGAAGCGCUACGAGCGCGGGGACGUGUCGCUGUGCCGCUGGCACCCCAAGCCCUACCACCACGACCUGCCCUACGGCCGCUCCUACUGGAUGUGCUGCCGCCGGCCCGACCGCGACGCGCCGGGGUGCCGGACGGGGCUCCACGACAACAACUGGGUGCACCCCGCGGGCAGGAGGGAGGAGGGCAGGUGAAGGACGGACGGACGGACGGAUGGACACGCGGAUGGA